AUUGAGGUAUGAUCUAUUACAAGUUUUUCUCGAGCGGGGCGCGGCCUAUAUCACGAUUUUGCCAUAUAUGUUUGAUACGAUAAUCGAUCAAGUUUAACUAACGUACUGGAAACGUCUUAUCUUAUUCAACAAUGUUCAAACUAAAGUUAAACUUCAUUCAGACAUUUUGAGUAUUGACUAUUGUCCCACAUAUUCAUAAAUAUCCAAGUAUUUGCCAAGGUAGAUGUUACAAGGCGUUUGGAUUUAUUCAGAGCAAUGCCUAAGUAUUUUGAAGAACCUGAUGGGGAGGUGCGGAAACCAUGUGCUGGACUGAGAGAGGACCUCAAGGCGUGUCUCCUGGAAAGUGAUUGUGUAAGGAAAGACAAACUGACCCCGAAGGAAUGCCUGAAGGAGGGAGCAAGAGUUGAUAGUGAAUGUAGAGCUUUACAGUUUGCCUUUUUUGAAUGCAAAAGAUCACUGCUGGACACAAGGACAAGAUUUCGAGGAAGGAAAGGAUGCUGAAUCAAUCGCUCUUGAAGCACUGAUGACAAGCUUGGAUGUCUCGUGGGGAAAGAGAACAUUGCAUCAGUGAAACUUUCACAUGUCAUGUGGCAGUGAGGACUGUUGUCAGACCGUAUGUAACAAGCUCGGCAGGAAUUCAUCUGCAAGUCGUGAUCAGUUGCAGAUCGAUGUUGAUGAAUCAAUAUUCAGUCUUCUUCAAACUUCAUUGGUUUCCAGGGUGUGUGUCUACUAAUGGAUGUCUAAUGAAAAUGCAUUAUACUUGUAUUACUCACACCAUGGAUAGCUAAAGAACUCUCAAAUGAUGGUGACGAUGGGGAAAAUUAUGAUAUGGCAAAAAUUAUGAUGUUGAUGGUUAUUAUGGAAACACUUUAUCUAAGGGAGAGUUAUCAAAGAUUUCUAAAAAUGGAAUUCUAGGGGAAAAGUUUUCUUGUGAAUUUAUUUAUUCUCUAACCAUCUAGAAGUGCUUCAUAAAGCUGUUUUACAGAAAGAAAAGAAAUGAUUAAUGCAGGGGGAUGUGUCACAAAGAUUUAACUAUGAUUUAGAUUCGUACUUAAAAAAUGUCUAGUUGCAUGCGGUUUAAAAGGCAUGACCGCAUUGGUCAGAUCAUGUGAAAAGGAUGCGCAUUACUUUGUAUUAAUCAAUAAAAUUGCUUGUUGUAUAUCACAUACGUGUUGGCAUUUAAUUGCGACUGCUAUAAUAAAUAAUGAAUUGGUACUUAUAUAGCGCAUAAUCAAUUAAAAUUGUUCUAUGCGCUUUACAUUAACAACAUUGCUCUCCAAUAUUACAAUUACACUACAACAAAAAAUAAGUAUGUUUUCAAAUGUCUUUUUUUAACGAUUCAACAGCGGAAGUACAUGAUGGAAGGAGAAUUGGUAAAGUUUUCUAUAAUUUGGGACCACAAAAAUCAAAGCUAGCUCCCCCCCCCCCCCCUUUUACUUUAAAAACUCUAGGAAUGUUUAAAAUUGUGAAACACCUCCCAGAACUUCUUGAAUGAGAGGAAUGUGCAAAAGAUCAGUCCUGAUGCCUUGACAGAUUGUGACUGUGUGUUAAAUUUUGUCCAAAAGAUAAUUGCAAUAAAAAGUUUUGUAAACAAUAAACCAUGUCAUGAUUUCAGCAUCAGCUGAUGUGAUCGUAGGUGGGGUUUAUGCUUGUACGUGAUGCAUGAAUUUAGGCAUGACUGAUGGCCAUUUCUUGUGUUAUACCAGGAUCCUGUUACAUAAAGACUUUUUAUUAUAACAAUUUGGACAAAUUUCUAUAAAAAAAUCACAAUCAGCCAAUCAACUUGAAUGAUUUUAGUAGCUUUAAACAAUUAUUGCAUGUUUGUUAUCACACCAAGCUUCAUGAAAAAGACCCCAAAUUCUCAAUUGUUGGCAUGUCUAUACAUAAGCCAUACAUAAUUUCCCCCUGAUCUGAAUAAUUUUAGAAUUUUUAUUUAUCUCUCAUUUUCUUACAAAUCAAAUUACCGGUAUGUUAUUUCAUUCUGAAAUUGAUCCUGAAUUACAGUUAUGCCAGUUUAAAAGAGUUAAGUCAUAAUAGACAAGGAGCAUGGGAAAUGCCAGGAUAAAAAUGUGAUAAGUAAUUGGUCAUUAUUAAAUAUAAAUGAGUGUGAUGACUAAGUAAAAUCUUUAGACCACAGGCAUUUGUUUGACCUAGAAAUAAUGACCUUGAAGAGGCAAUUACAUGUUUGCAUAAUCUUGUCCGAUAUAUUUUACUUUCUAUAUCAGCUAGAGACACAGAUCGAUAGUAUGGUUGGCAUAAAAAAUUUGUCUGCAUACCAGUUGACACAUAUUUUUAGGUCCGAUUUUAACUGUAUUAGAGAACCCUGAAUUAGGCAUGUUUUGUAUGAAUACACUUUUUGUUUUGCCUGCAUAGCAGACACAAGAAGUAGCCCAGGACCCCGUCUUACAAAGAGUUGCGAUCAAUCCGAUCAACCACAACUAUGGCAAGCCAGCAAAGCCAACAUCUAAAAUGCAUGUUUGUUCAAAAUGUCUCGAUGAUUCAUUGUUGUCUUGACAAUUCAGUGUGCUUCCUCUUACAUGGGACAUGGGUGAAAAUUUCCUGUAGAAAAAACUAUGACAUUGAUGGAUUUCUAUAUAAUUGAGGUUGUACAACUCCUUAGCUUGUUGUACGCGAGCAAAUGAGAGGCUGAAUGUCAAACGUUUGUACCGUUGCACACGUUACCGUCCAUAAUGUACCGUUGCACGGGUCAGGAAAAUGUGACGUCACUAUAAAAAUAUGAUUCAACGCAUUGCAUGGAAUCAUUAAUAUAUUACGCGUAAGGCCAGGCUUACUGGCUGAAAUGCACAUUGCUGCUGCAAAUCAGAUGCACGCUUGAAAGCAUUUUGCUUUUGCUUUCAGAAUUUUCUUAUUUUCAUAGAUUUACGUAGGAAAAGUCAUUUAUUGUUCGUAUUUUCUCUAACUUCCGAGGCGUUGUACAACACAAAUAGCGAAUAUUCUUAUUCGGGCAAUGGUGCGACAAUUCGCAUUCGGUGAAAGAAAGCGACACUCUAUCCAACUCGGCUAACGCCUCAUUGAAUAGAGCAUCUUUCUUUCACCUUAUGCCUAUUUGUAUAUUUAUUGGAUCAACCACAACUCUUUGUAAAGUGGGACCCAGGUGACAGAAAAGUGGCACUUGUGUUUUGCUUCUGCUAUGCAGGCGAGACCAAAUCUGAAAUGGGAAGUCAUCAAGGCCUGAAAUCAUGGAGAUUGCCAGAGUUUGAAUGAUGGAGAAAUAUGGGAAAUAUAUUAUUCUAUUAAAUUUCAUAAAUGAA